AUGACUUCCCCAGUGGGCAGCAGCCCGGAAUCGUCGGGAUGCUCAUCAAUCACUGUCUCACUCUACUCAUACGGUCGAUUGAGUUCUGCUAUCUUACAAUAUUCGCCAUCUUCCAACUCCGUCUCCGCCGCGAAAUCUACGUGCCAUGACAACUGGCCUGUCACCUCGACUAAGGAGGAGUUUCUGAAGAAUGAAAUCGUGGUAAGCUUCCUUGAAAGAACGCAGAAUGAGAUCGUCAACUCACUCAAAACAUCUUCUGAUGCAUUAUCCCAAGAACGUGGUUCUUCCGAGGAACCAAAAAGCUAUAGCAGCGAAUCUAAAAUCAUAACAACCAGCACUCACCAGAAACCCAAUAUCUCACCAGUUGUGAAGGUGUGUUCUGAGGAGAGCUGCCACUGGAGUGUUGCUUUCGUGGAAGAAUUAGCGAACAGUCUUUCAUUGCUAAGAUAUGGCGCUGAUGUGUCUCAUUCUUGGAAACUGAGUGUUACUACUUUCCAUCGAGACCUGGAAGCCUUGAAGCCUGCCUCCAAUGGUUCAGACUUGAUAAAAGGACACAAGAAGGGGAAUGGAUAUGAGGAUGAGAUGGUGCAAUGA